UUUGUCGAAUUAAAAUGUCUCCAAAACAGCGGCAAUUAACGGAGGAAGAAAAAGGACGCAUCGUAGGACUAAGCGAGUCUGGCAAAUCACAACGCGAAAUCGUGAGAAUUUUUAAAAAAUCGGAUGUCGAAGUUUCGAGAAGCGGCGUGCAGCAAGUUUUGCGACGUAAACAAGCAAGCGGCAGUGUAGCACGUAAGAAAGGCUCCGGAAGACCACGAAAAAUGAAUAGCAGAAACACGAGAGCGUUGCAAAAACACGCGCUGAGGAAUCGGAAAUCGUCGAUCGCACAAAUAUCUAAAGAUUUUGUGCCAGCCAGCGGAAACUUAUUCGUGUACUUUGGAUUUUUAAGAUUUAGUAAUUUAAAAUUCCAAAAGAAUAAGUUGAAAGAUCACGAAAGCAAUUACGCCUUAACGAUCUUAGACACAAUUGAACUUGGUGCAUUAUGA